AUGAACGUCCUUGUCUACUCUGGCCCAGAAAUCCUUCAGACCUCCUUCAACCACACACUUUCCAGCCUUAGGAGUAUACUAGUACCCAACUAUACUGUUCAGGCUAUUACACAACAAGCGUUGACCUCUCAGCCAUGGCAGAAAUCUUGCGCAUUGCUUGUCUUGCCCCGGACCCGACAGCGCUUCAUAUCGCCGUCGUCCAAGCACAUCAAGGAGUUCGUUGAGGCCGGAGGAUCGUAUCUCAUGCUGGGAACGGGAGCCUCUAUCACAUCUAGGUCAGGCUUUGAUUCGACUGUGUUGAGCUUUAGUUCGGAAAUGCCAGAGAAACCACUCAAAUUUUACGACAAUUUCAACAAUUGUUACAUCACCAUUGAGGAGGUUGCGAGUGGAUCCGAAACUAAAGAGCGGGCCAUUACCCUGCAAUGCUCAGAUGGGACCAAGGUGGACGGCAUAUAUGACAGUGGAGAAGCAGAUUUUAGUGGGUUCGAAGACCUGAAAGGAGUUUCCGUCCUGGCAAAGUACACCAUUGGUCUUUCACCAACAAUAGCUGGAUUAACGAUGGAGGUCAACAAAGGAAAAAUAUCAUUAUGGGGCCCCGGAAUAGAGUAUCCUUUGAAGGAAGAACCGAUGUCUUCCAUCAUUGCAAGCUCGCUUAACUUCUCUUCAGAAGAUAUUGACAAGUUUGACACGACGAGGAAGACCCUGAUUGUCGCAACCUUAACAAAAUUAGGACUGGAAGUACCGCAAGCGACGGAUAAAAAAGCCACCAUCUCUCGACCACUUCCCCAGUUCCUAACCUCAACUCCUGUCAAAAGUACCAUUGUCUCUCAAAUAACAGAUGCAAUCGCCGCACCUCAAACAGGAUCUCAAUUAUCAUCGCUCAAAGAUUCCAACGACGAAUUUUAUUUCCACUCACUCCAAGAAAGUUCAGAUCUCAUAAAUGAAUCAAGAAAUAGUUCCAAGAGUCCCAGUGAUCCAUCGACAUGGCAGCCCAAACACAUUAUUAUUUGCAGAGAUGGUGCACUACCCAGUCCCUCACUCACGCCUUUAUUCAACCUGGAUCUGUUUUAUAAAUCCUUGUCAUCCGCCCGGACACAAGAGGGACUUUUGAGCUCCCCUGAUUCUUGGGGUAUAGGAGAAGCUCUUUUGUACGGCGAAGCAGUCACUAGUACUCAGACCAUGCUCGACAAGAACCCACAUCUUCUUUCCAACCUGCCUGCACCGCUUCUCUCGCUAGCCUCCUACCAACUUGCAGGCCGUGGGCGUGGUAGCAACGUCUGGUUAUCUCCUUCAGGAUGUCUGCAGUUCUCCAUCCUUCUCCGCGUCUCUCUUUCCGACUUCCCAGGAAAUAAGCUUGUGUUCCUUCAAUAUCUCUUUGCGUUGGCCGUAGUAGAAGCAUGCCGCGACGAGACCGUCCUAGGACCUAAAGCAGGCGACAAGAUCAGGCUGAAAUGGCCAAAUGAUAUAUACGCAUCCGUUGGCAUGGGACGCGACGACUACAGAAAGAUCGGGGGCGUGUUGGUAAACACCAGCUUUUCAGGAGGCAAGGUGGAUAUUGUAAUAGGUUGCGGACUUAACGUGCUCAACCUGCCUCCGAUUACAUCUCUUACCCAGCUGCACUCGUCAACGCGUGAAUCGUUGAGCAUGGAGCGCACAGCGGCAAUGAUCAUGGCCAAAUUCGAAUCGAUGUGGACAAUCUUCGUCAAAGAGCGUGGAUCCUUCCAGUCCUUCAACGACCUUUACCUGAAACGCUGGCUUCAUUCAGACCAACUUGUCACGCUGACCACAACGACGCCGCAUACCGCGGUGCGUAUCGUUGGCAUCACUUCAGACUAUGGGCUAUUGCGGACCAUUCCUGAGCGGUCUGGCAUGUCGAGGUUCUCGGGAAGAGACGAAGAUUACAUCGAUCUGCAGCCUGAUGGAAAUAGUUUCGACUUGAUGGCAAAUCUCAUUAAAUCCAAAUCCUGA